AUGUCGAUAUCACACAGACCAUCCAUGUUCUUCCCCAUCUCAGAUUGUCAGGACGAACUGCCAGGUCGCCGGUUCGCUGAUGAUCACGACGUCGAGACUGCGGCCGAGCCACUCUCUCCCAUCAGAGAAAGAGGAAAUCCCCCAAAUGCAGUAAUCAGACUUGUGCCCGGUCCUCGUCCGUUCACCUUUGUCUCGCAAGAAUCCAAUUUCAACGCUUUUUCCUCGUCCUCUUCUUACUACUCUCCUCAUCACUCCUCGUAUCCUUGUUAUCCUUCUUAUCCUUCUUAUUACCCUGCAGCAACGCAUCCCCCCACGUUCAUUAAGGAUGCGAGGGACGUGAGCCAAGUGCGAAGCUCGCAUGUUGCCGUGGAGGAUGCUGCUCACCAGAGUCUCGCCUCGACUCGGUAUGAUGCUCACUACCAGAAGGAAAACCAUUACCCUCACUUGGAGGAGAUACGUGGGGGGAAGGGGAAGCACGAAGAAAGAGAAGUGAGGCCACGGUAUGAUGAUCUUGAUGAUGACGAUGGCGACGACGAUGCUACCGUGGUUGUGGAGGUCGGCGAUGAGGAUGACGAAGAGAGGCAAGUCGUCAGAGGACCGCCGCUGGAUGAAGUCGACACUCGCAACUUGACAUCUGAGCAGGUUCUUUUCUACUUCGGCGUCUUGAAGUUGCAGGAAAAGAAAAAUCUCAAUCAAAACAUUCAAUAUAACCAAGAGCCUGACGGGAGAUGGUCUGCAAGGUUCACAAUGUAUAAUGAUUCACUCAAACUGCCGUCGAUGAGAUCGCUGGUAGUUGCCAAAGUUGAGAUUUGUCGAGUUGCGUUGUCGAUUUUGAAAGUUCGACAUGCCAGAUGGAGAGUUCCAGAUGAGCCAAGUCUGGAUCUGACGGCUCAAGACUGGCGCUGGUUUUCAUUGCUACAGGAGUAUGUCAAAGAAAUGGGGUUGUCAUUGCCAGAAUCCUCGCGAUAUGUUCAUAGAAUGGGGUUUCGAUAUGAGAUUGCCGUGGGCAGCGUAACUGGCCUGGGAAAGCGCAAGUUCUACACUAGCGAAGACUUGGCCAUUGCUGCUGCUGCCCACCAGGUACUCUAUCUUUUGAUCACGGGCGAGCUUCGAGAGCUCUCUGGUGUUUCGGUCUCAGAGCCCGAAGUUGCAAAUGGUUUGACCGUGUCUCCUGGGACGCCUGCACCUAGGAACGGCGUGCCUGCGUCUUCACCAACCGUGAAAAGAGCACCAAACGCACCUCGAGCGCUCAGAAAUACAAUCCCUAACGCAUCGCAACAAGCCAAAUCGAAACAGACUAGCAACAACAACAACAAUAACAAGCCGAAAACGGGCCCCGUAGCAAAUGCAGCCAACAAAGUAACCAAACCCCCUGCUGCAAUGUCAAAACGAGCUCGAGCUCGAAUGAGAAAGGCAAAGAAACCAAGAACUGACUUCAUGUCUAACCUGCGUCCUGUCGUGAACCCGCGAAUGUCGAUGGAGCCAGUGUAUCCCGUAUCAGAACCGGUAAGGAUUUGGAAGGAGUCUCCAGGUAGCCUAUCUUGCGAAAUAGUCAAUUUGGCGACGUACCGUGAAAAGUUCGACAAAUUAUGCAGCAUGCUCGGUCUCAAGCACUCACUGGAGACCAGACCUUACAAACCAGGGAGCAUUUUCUUGCCACCACGAAUCUUCACGGUCUGGGUAACGAUCGAAAAUGACCCCUUCCUUGCGCGCGCAGGCCCAAUCGGUAAAGUCGAGGCGUUCCGCGGCACCCAGGCCGAAGCUCAAGAAGCAUGCUCCAAGGCAGCUGUUGAGUACGUGAUGGGCCUGGUUCGAGAGGACUACGCUAAGGAGCUGGCUGAGCGUGUGCAUCGUGAACAGAUCGAAGGAUUUCCCCUUAUGUCCAUAAAUCGUGCGCGCAUUCUUUCUAUCGUGUUCCGUUUUGUCUACCUAUCCAAGUACACCAUCACCAUCAUCCAUCCCAAUACAUACGUACGCACCGUCCGUCCCGACCCCUCCAAAAACUAUGAGCACGAAAUAAGAGGUAUAAAUAUGAGAGAUAAAUGA